AUAAUAGCUUAGACUGGCCGGUAAAAGCUUAGAGGCAAGUAAGAGAAAGGUACCAGCAAUGCAAAUAAAAUAUAACAGAAAAAGAACCAUAAUAUGACAAAGAGAAGAGACUGAGAGUGUGAACUGGGUUAUGGUUUUGGCCCACUCUUAUGGAAUUUUUAGUGGCUUAAGACAAGAAACCUGCAACUUUCGGCCUUGGAUCUCAUAUACCCAUGCUUAUAUAAAUCCCCAUGAGUUGCUUAAAUACUGGCAUCAAGCUUUGGAGUUUGAGUAUCUCUUCUAGGCCAUUUGGGUACCUUGGUUUUUGGGGUCUAAAACUGAUCUUCUUGUACCGUGUGCUGGAAAAAAAAUAAAAUUCAAUUCUUGGAAGCUUUGAAGUUGGUUUCUAGUUUCUGCUAUUGAGCUUCAGUUAUCUUUGUUAAGAAUUUUAGAUAUCUGAGUACUCUGUUUUCUGAGGUCUAUUGGUGUUUGUUUAAUUAGUGUAACUGUAACAGAAGUGCUCCCAUAUUUUGAAAAUUUUGAUUGUGAUUUGUGCGGAUGCUCAGCUUUAAAAGAUUCUGUUUUUGAGAUUUAGAAACUGUUUUUGUUGUUUGGGAAGAUUGAAUUCCUUGAGAAAUCACUCUGUGCUGCAAAAAGAUUCCAAGAUUGGAAUAUUUGGUUGAAGUUAGCAGAACUUCUUUUGGUGCAAAGAACAGGGUUUACUAUUUUUGGCAACUCUUAAACUCCUUGGGGGCAAACAAUGUAUUAUAUAAAGUAUGCUUUUCUAGAAAUCAUGAAUUGGUAUUGGGUCUUCAUGUUGUUAAGAGCUUCCCAUUUUGGAAAUAUCAAAAAUUUGCAAUGGGAGCUGUGGGUCACCAAAAUUUUCUAAAAUUUGGGUGAACACUUGCAAAUGUAAAAUUGUUUAUAGUGGUGGGUCUUUGUUGAAGAGAAUUUUAUUUUAUUUUUUGGGAUUUGAUUUAUUUUUUUGAGGGGUUUUUCAAGAAUGGGCCCUAUGUCAUUGCCUCCUGGUUUUAGGUUUCACCCCACUGAUGAGGAAUUGGUGGGUUAUUACUUGAAGAGGAAAAUUGAGGGGCUCAAGAUUGAGCUUGAAGUUAUCCCUGAGAUUGACUUGUACAAGUUUGAUCCUUGGGAGCUACCAGACAAGUCUUUCCUUCCAAAGAGAGAUAUGGAGUGGUUUUUCUUCUGUCCUCGCGAUAGGAAAUACCCGAAUGGCUCUCGAACAAACAGGGCCACUUCAGCUGGGUAUUGGAAAGCUACAGGUAAAGAUCGAAAGAUCACUAUGUGCCAUUCUUCAGUGACUGGGUUCAAAAAGACCCUUGUCUUCUAUAGAGGGAGAGCUCCUGCAGGAGAUAGGACUGAUUGGAUCAUGCACGAGUAUCGCCUUUCUGAAGAUUUGGCUCGAGGUGCUUCUUCUGUUCAGGAUGCUUUUGCGUUAUGUCGGGUAAUUAAAAGGCAUGAUCAGGGGCAAAAGGGUCCUAAUCACCAAGAUGAGCCCAAAACAAAGAGGACUGCCAUUCCCCCUCUCACUCUUGAUGUUAAUAAACCCCUUAUGGAGAAGCCACUUCAAGAGUGUCGACAAGGAAGAGGCCGCAUCGUUAAAAAUCCCCGGAAGACUAUUAAGAAUCACAUUUUGCUUCAACCAGAUAAUCCUUCUGACAUAUCACAGAGUGGAUAUGCUGAGUCAUCUCGAAUUGGGUCGAUGAAGGAAAUGCAUUCAGGUGAUGUCAUGGAGUUGCCUAGUGGUUUUCCCUCCCCAAACAUCUCAGAUGAAAAUGAAAUAACUAAAAACGAUCCAGCUGAUCAUUUUGAAGAUAUGGACUGUUUGUCACUCUAUUUCAAGCCUACUCUUGGUUUUGGAAUGUGUGGAGAUGAAGAUAUGGGGUUUCAAAGCCACGAACUCGAAGACAACAUUCCUUUUAGCACUGGUAUUUCAGGUUUCGAAUUUCGAAACUCCAUACUAUCCCCCAUUUGUAGACAAGCCAGUGGAGAUGGAAGCACUGGUGAGCUUAGCAGUUUAUGGCAGUUAGAGGAUAGUCAAGUCAUUGUGAUAUGAGAGAGAACUUCACACCAAGUUCUUAAUGCUGUCAUGGGUAGUGGCCUUUUUGGUGUUUAGAAGUUAUAUACCACCUUUUAACCGUUGUGCUUGGAGAAGAAGAAGAAAAAUUCUCAACCUUUUAAAGAGUCAUAUGUAAUAUUUGCUAUUGCAUUAAAUAAAUACAAGUCUCCUGGUGGAGGUAGAUCUAUAUUACUUGUUAUAUGGCCCUAGCGGAUUGUAAAACUCUUGGAAGUAUCGAUGGGUACUUCUGCAUGUUGUAAUCAUAUUGCUCGAAUUUUAUAUGAGCACUAUUAAUGGGGGUCUUCCUGUUCUUGCA